AACCUCUCUCGAUCUCAAUUUCCAAAAAUGGCUGACAAGAAGAUCAGAAUCGGAAUCAACGGUUUCGGAAGAAUCGGUCGUUUGGUUGCUAGAGUUGUUCUUCAGAGAGAUGAUGUUGAGCUCGUCGCUGUCAACGAUCCUUUCAUCACCACCGAGUACAUGACAUACAUGUUUAAGUAUGACAGUGUUCACGGCCAGUGGAAGCACCAUGAACUUAAGGUCAAGGAUGAUAAAACUCUUCUCUUCGGUGAGAAGCCAGUCACUGUUUUCGGCAUCAGGAACCCUGAGGAGAUCCCAUGGGGUGAGGCUGGAGCUGACUUUGUUGUUGAGUCGACUGGUGUCUUCACUGACAAGGACAAGGCAGCUGCUCACUUGAAGGGUGGUGCUAAAAAGGUUGUCAUCUCUGCACCAAGCAAAGAUGCUCCCAUGUUUGUCGUUGGUGUCAACGAGCAUGAAUACAAGUCUGAUCUUGACAUUGUUUCCAACGCUAGUUGCACCACUAACUGCCUUGCUCCUCUUGCCAAGGUUAUUAACGACAGAUUUGGAAUUGUUGAGGGACUCAUGACCACUGUCCACUCUAUCACUGCUACUCAGAAGACUGUUGAUGGUCCAUCAAUGAAGGACUGGAGAGGUGGAAGAGCUGCUUCCUUCAACAUUAUUCCUAGCAGCACUGGUGCCGCCAAGGCUGUUGGCAAAGUGUUGCCAUCCCUCAAUGGAAAAUUGACCGGAAUGUCUUUCCGUGUUCCAACCGUUGAUGUCUCAGUUGUUGAUCUCACCGUUAGACUUGAGAAAGCUGCAACAUACGAUGAAAUCAAGAAGGCCAUCAAGGAGGAAUCUGAAGGCAAACUGAAGGGAAUUUUGGGAUACACUGAGGAUGAUGUUGUGUCUACUGACUUUGUCGGUGACAACAGGUCAAGCAUAUUCGAUGCCAAGGCAGGGAUUGCAUUGAGCGACAAGUUUGUGAAGUUGGUGUCAUGGUACGACAACGAGUGGGGUUACAGUUCUCGUGUCGUUGACCUUAUCGUUCACAUGUCAAAGGCCUAAGUUUACACUAGCGAGAGUUUGUGUGUGGUUGAGUUGUACUGUUCUGAAUAAAAAAAGGAGAAAAAAACAAUCGAGUUUUAUGUUGGUUUCACUGAUUCCAUGCGUAGUCAUGAGAGUUUGUAGCUUUGUUCUAUCUGCUUUCUAUUAAUGUUACCUGCUUUAUUC